AUGAAUAUGUGGAAAAAGUUUGAAGAACUAAAGAUCAGAGGUCAAAUUGUGGAAGAUCCGGAACAAGCCCUUGCCCAAUUCAAGGCUGGUUUGAGAGCAGAUAUCAAGAGGGAAUUGCAUGGGAAGGACCUUUACAGUGCAGAGCAUGCAUGUCAAAUAGCAACUGAUGCAGAGGAGUACCUAAAGCACCCAAUCACAAGGAAAGUUGGGUCUCAAGCUGGGGAGACAUAA